CCUGCCUAGCCCAGGGGCCUGGGACGGACGCCUCCUCGUCCAGGUGGGGGUUUGGAGGUUUCCAUGGCCAGCGCGGUGUUUACUUCCCCAGAGCUGGCAGCUGCACAUGUCAGCUGGGCAGCGGGGCCCAGCUCUUCACUGGGCGGUCCGAGGUUGGCCGGUGCCCCCAGGAGAAGAUCGGGCGGAGUUUUAGCACCACCGGAAACGCAUAGAGCAUAGCCAAGUGCACUGACCUGGCCAAACGGCAGACAGCCCAUUUCCAUCCUGGAAGGUGGAGGCCGGUGGGUGUAGGGGGCCAGAGCGGCCCUGCUGUGGGUGUCAGGCUAAAGGAGGCCGCACUACGCAGAGAGCCGAAUAGUCUUAAGUGAUAAGUGGGUGGAUGCCCCUGGCCAUCACAGUCCUGGAGGACAGAGGAGUUGAACCCUGCUUAUGGUCAUCAGUGUCCCGCCUGCUCGUGUUGGGUAACACUCCUUGCUCUUGUGGGGCUUGCAUUCUCACAGGGGAGUCCCACACAAUGAAGAGGGAUGGGGCAGUCAAUGGGUCCUCUGAGGUCUGAGGGAAUGGCCUCCGGGCAGAGGGACUGGCAGGUACAGAGAACGGUGGUUGCUGGGUUUGAGGGGCAGCACAGAGGCUGGCUUGGCUAACGUGAGGUGGGGGCAAAGGAUGGGGUCAGACAAAGAGAGAGGCAGGGUCUGAUCAGGUGGGUCAUUAGAAAUUUGGACUUUUUUCUGCCGGGCCUGGAAAGCCAGUGGAGGGUCUUCAGUGGGUUGGAAGUUAGAGUCCACCCAGAGGUGCCCCAGAAGAAAGGCCUGGAGAUCUGCUUCCAAAAAGGCAACCACUGAAAACCCUAUGAGCACAGUUCUACUCUGAUACGGAUGGGGCCCCUAUGAGUCAGAGUUGACUCGAUGAUGGCAACUGGUUAGAGUGAUCUCAGACACAGUUCAUAAAGAUCAGCUCUGGCUACCAUGUGGGAGAGAGGGGGUACGGUGAGUUGUCAGAGUGGGCAGGACAGUGGUUGGGCCAGGGUUGUGGGGUGGAGGAAGUGAAUGGGUUGGAGAUAGCCCUGACAAGGUGCUGAGAGCAGGCAUAGGGUACGGGAGGGGGGCGCCAGGUGAGAAGUAGCCCUUCGGCUCAGUUAUAGAGAGUACCGGCAGGUGGGGGGACAAGUUUGAGAUGGGCCUUGGGAGUGAUGUCUUGGCCUCGUUGACGUGGAAGUGCCAUCAGGGUUGGUGAUGUGACCCGGCAGUUAGGACCCAUCUGGGUGGAGGCACGGGUGGGUGGUGUCUGAAGCCAGCUGGUCAGAGGCGGCCCAGGAGAGUGUGGACAGAAGAGAGAGGCAGAGACUGAGCCUUAGGGGUCAGCAGAGGACCGGACUGUGGAAGCAAAGAGCAGGAUGCCACAUCCCGGAGAUCCUGAGUGUGAGCACCUUCUUGGGUCAGAGGCUUUAUGGCCAGGUGAGCUGGGGGACCCUGUAGACAGCAGUGAGCAGGGCUGUAGGGAUGGAGGCUCUGUGGCCAGGUGAGCCAGGGACCCUGUGGGCAGCAAUGAGCAGGGCUGUAGGGAUGGAGGCUCUGGCCAGGUGACCUGGGGACCCUGUGGAUGGCAAUGAGCAGGGCUGUAGGGAUGGAGGCUCUGUGGCUGGUAAACUGGUUGCUUGAUGCAGAACUUCUAACUAGAACCAGGUCCUAGUUAGAAUGGCUCAUGCCUGCCAGGGUUCCCCAUGAGCUGGCCUCGUGUCCCCUUGUCUGAGCCUUGUCACACCCUGGGAGAGGCCAUCUGUGGUCCUCAUGUCACAGGUGAAGAAGGCGAGGCUCAGAUGGGGAGGAGCUCUUGGGAUCACAUGUGGCACAUGGCUGUGCCUGGCAGGACCCUCCAGGGAGGUGCCCCUGUGUGCCCAACUAUAGCUAGAACCCUCCUGUCCUGCCUCAUGCUGGUGUUUUCCUGAUAAGGAGGCUGCCCCCUGGAGAGGAGGGGCUGGAUGGAGGAGCAGACCCCCGUGUCCUGGCCGGGCAGUGAGCACGUAGCCCCUGCGGGGAUGCUGGAUGCUGCGGCCUCAUAGGCCACCUCCCUGCCUCUCUUGAUUUGUUGCUCAGGCCGUCUUGCCCUUGAUGAAAGGUUUCCGGGCCACCAGCGGCCCUGCCGAGGGCAACCCCAGCAGCAUGGACCUGAGCCUGACCGGCCUGCCCCCACCCAUGUCCCAGCGCCCCAACAGCGCCUCCACCACCAAGCCCGUUGCCCGCUCCGUCUCUGUGACCACAGGCAGCGAGCCCAGGAGGAAAGCGCUGGAGGCCACAGGGCCCAGGGGCUCCCGUGCUAUCAACAACCUUCGAAGAUCUAAUAGUGCCACACAAGUCAACCAGCCGUGGGCCGCCACCCUCAGGAUGGUGGAGCCCCCUGACUUCCUGGCACUCUUUGAGAGCAGCACCAUGGGGAGAAAGAGGCUGGCCAGCUUGGGCAGCACCCCGAGCAAGAAGGGGGCUGCAUGGAAUGUCCUGGAUGACCAGCCCCAAGAGCUUACCCUGCCACCUGGCACUUGGAGCUCCGGUGCCCCCGACUCACCAGCUAGCCUGCGGAGAAGGGAGUGCACUGUGACACUGGCUCCCAGCUUCACUGCCAACAACAGGAGCAACAAGGGAGCUGUGGGCAACUGUGUCACCACCAUGGUGCACAACCACUGCCCGCCCAUGGAAAAGGCGCCCCCGCCCAAGAGCUCCAACCAGACGCCCCCCUCCCUCAACAACAUCAUCAAGGCAGCCACCACUGAGGGUGCCGAGGGCAGCAGCUUCAGGAAGCCCCAGGAGAGCAUCUCUAGCAGCAGCCACGUGGCUGGGAACAAUGCCAGGGGCGCCGGGGGGCUGUACAGGAGGAAGGAGGUGACGGAGGAGGAGGCUGAGAGGUUCAUUCACCAGGUGAACCAGGCCGCCAUCACCAUCCAGUCCUGGUACCGCCAGCAGGUGCAGCGGCGCCGAGCUGGAGCGGCCAGCCUGGAGCAUCUGCUGGCAUCCAAGCGAGAGCAGCGACAGCGGCAGGCAGAGGGGAACAUCCUGGAGCUGCACCAGCAGAAGGUGGCCGCCAGGAGGAGAGCCCGAGAGGAGAAGGCGCGCCAAGCCAGGCGGGUGGCCAUCCAGGAACUGCAGCAGAGCCAUGCCCAGAAGUCUGCUGAGGCUGAGGCCGGGCCACUGCAGGAGCCCCGAGGGAUGGGGAAGCCCAGGCCUGCCCAGGAGCUCCCCCUGACACCAGCGUCCACAGCCUUUCACGAGGCCAAGGCCAACAAUGUGGGGCCCAGCUCCCACACUGCAGGCCCCGAGCAGCCUGGCCAGCCAGCUUCCAACCCGUCUCCAGAACCCCGCUCCUCUCCAGAAGUCACCCCGCAGGACACCCACGCCCAGGACGUGGCCAGUGAGCAUCUGGAGGUGGCGGGCCCCACCAAGCCUAGGGUGACCCUCAGCGAGCUGCUGGACACCCUGCAGCUGCUGGAGGCAGAGCCUGAGCCACUGCCCCAGCCCCAGGCCUACCACAAGGAGAAGUAUGCCUGGAUCGAUGAGGAGGACGCCGCCAGCUCCCUGACUGCAGACAACCUGGAGAAGCUGGGGCGGCUCAGCGCGCCUGCUGGCCCCCCUGACAAUGGGACGUUGCUCUCGGAGGCCAAGCUGCACAGCAUCCUGAGCUUCCUGGACGAAAUGGAGCCGUCGGCGCGGGAGUGGCCAGCCAUGGGCCCCCAGUGGGAGGGGCUGGUGCUUCAGGCAGAGCUGGCCAGCCUGGAGCGCGGGUCCACGGGGACCACGGGAGUGAUGCGGCUGCGGCUGGAGGUGGAGGAGAAGCGGCAGGCCAUGGCACUCCUGCAGCGGGCGCUGGCACAGCAGCGGGCCCUCACGGCACGGCAGGUCAAAGAGGCAGAGAAGGAGUUGAGCAGGCAGCUGCGGCAGCAGCAGGAGCACUAUGAAGCCACCAUCCGGCGGCACCUGGCCUUCAUCGACCAGCUGAUCGAGGACAAGAAGGCACUGGGGGAGAAGUGUGAGGCUGUGGUGGCCAAGCUGCGGCAGGGGGACCACAGGUGGAAAGAGAGGGCAGCCCAGAUGCAGACGCAGCAUGAGCUGGAGCUCAAGAAGCUCAAAGAGCUGAUGAGCGCCACCGAGAAAGUCCGCCGUGAGAAGUGGAUCAACGAGAAAACCAAGAAGAUUAAGGAGAUCACGGUCAAGGGCCUGGAGCCUGAGAUCCAGAAGCUGAUUGCUCAGCACAAGCAGGAGGUCAAGAAGCUGAAGAGCCUGCAUGAGGCGGAGCUGCUGCAGGUGGAUGCGAGGGCCGCUCAGCGCUGCGAACGCCAGGCUGAGGAGCUGCGGGAGCGCCUGGAGCGUGAGAAGGAGGCGCUGGGGCAGCGGGAGUGCCAGCUGGCCCAACAGCGGUUUGAGCAGCACCUGGAGCAGGAGCAGCGGGUACUGGAGCAGCAGCGGCGCAGGCUGUAUGGCGAGGUGGCUGAGGAGAGGGAGCGGCUGGGCCAGCAGGCAGCCAGGCAGCGCGCCGAGCUGGAGGCGCUGAGGCAGCAGCUGGAAGAGAGCAGCGCCGCAGCGGGCCAGGCCUUGCGGGCCGAGUUUGACAAGGCAGCCAAGGAGCAGGAGCACCGGCACCAGGAGGCGUGGCUGCUGACCCGGGAGCGAGAACUGAAGGAGGAGAUCCGGAAAGGCAGGGAUAAGGAGAUCGAGUUGGUCAUUCAGCGGCUCGAGGCUGACAUGACCCAGGCCCGUGAGGAGAGUGAGCGGGCCGCCGAGAGCCGAGUCAAGCGCCUCCGGGACAAGUAUGAAGCAGAGCUAUCAGAGUUGGAGCGGUCAGAGCGGAGGCUCCAGGAGCGGUGCUUGGAGCUGAAGGACCGCCUCGGGGAGGCCGAGGGGGAGGCCGUGCGGCUACAGGGGCUGCUGCGGCAGAAGGAGCGGGCACUGGAGGAUGCCAGGGCGGUGAAUGAGCAGCUGACAGGUGAGCAGAGCAGCCCGGCCCAGGUGGUCCGGCAGGCAGCCACCGAGGAGGAGAACCAGCGGCUCAGGGCUGAGCUGGAGCGGCUCACACGGGAGAAGCAGGAGGAGCUGGAGGAGGUGCACCGCAGGGUAAAGUCAGCCCUGGCCAGGAAGGAGGAGACAGUGAGCGCUCUCCGGAAGCAGCACGAGGCUGCGGUGAAGCGGGCCGACCACCUGGAAGAGCUGUUGAAGCAGUGCAGGCAGCCGGCCCUGACUGCCAAGUGAGCUGAGGGACUCACGUGGGAGCCUCUGUGAAGAUGGACACCUACCUGUGUGAAGCCCCACCCCUCUGACUCACCCUGGGCUGGGGGUGGGGGGGUUGCCGGGCUGUAUUUUAACAGUAAAAGGUCGUUUUGUAGCUGUUGCAGACCUUGUGCUUGGCACUCCUGGUGGGGCGGGAGAGAAGAUCUGAAUGUGAACAGCUAGGCUGUCCUUCCUCCCUCUCCUCACCCUCCCCUACCGGCCCCACCCCAAGCCUCCAUCCCCUAUCCUGUCGUCCUGUCUCCCCUCACCCCCAGGCUCUGAGCAGAGAGAUGGGACUUUGUUCCUGGCCUUCUUCUCAAUUCCUUCCCCCACUCCUUUUCUCCCCACAACCCAGAGCUCAGGGGCUCCCCUCCAUCCAGGUGCCCACAGUCCCCUGGCCAGGGUAAGCAGACAGCCCUCCGAGGAGACCCUGUCCCCUCUUGAGGGCCCCCAGCAAGAGGGGUGCUGCAGAGUCCAGGGUCCAGAGUCGCCACAGGAGGGAGCCCAGGAAAGGGGGACUGGAUGGCCUGCCCAUGGGGAGAGGGCCUACCCAGAGCGCCAGCCCAUCCACGGAGGUUCCAGGCAGGGCAGCGCAGCGCUCUGAAGGGCAGCAGCUGGCGUCCCCUGGGGUCUCCCCUCCCUCUCAGACGCCCAGCCCCUCUGCUCACCGUCUGCUCAGCAGCUGCAGGGCUCUCCUUGGGGUCAGACCCCUGUUUUUCUGGGGCCUCUGAGGGAAACCAGGAGAGGGGAGGGCAUCAGACAAUCUCCUGGGGCCUGAAAGGAGGUGGCCCUCCUGGGUCAGCACUACAGCAUCUCCACAAGAGUCGAGGCCCUGGACAGAAAUGAGAAGGCAUGUCCAUGAGAGCAGAGUCCCCGGAUGAGGCAGCAGGGGUCUUGGAGUCAUGCAGAAACUGGGCUCAGGCCCCUAGGAGCCUCAGUCUCCUCCGACCAGGCAGGAGCCUCCCUGGGUGCGGCCUGGGGCCUGGGAUCCUGUGAGCAGACCUGUGCUGGCUGGGUUCUUUCUGAACCUGCUUGAGGCUCCCUCCUGGCCCAGGCCUCCUGGCAGGAGCACCAUCCAGGGUAUGGCAGAGUGUUUGGUCCCCUGCCCAGCGCCCUCCCUCCACGUCAGCUCCCCACCUGUCAAUGAUGGAUGGGGAGAAGGCAGAUUCUCCCUAAUAGCUAGCAGUCCUGGGCUGAGGUGAGAAGGGGCCCUGCCUUGCUCGGGGCACUGGGAGGGCUCCUUGACCACAUUCGAUUCCCUGCUCUCACCUGCCUCGGCUGCACCCGCCCCAGAGACAAAAAAAAUAAUAAUUAAUUAAUUAUUUUUUUUUUUUGAGGCCUCAAACCGGAGGGGCUCAGAGUAGACAGGGUGGCAGGUCUGGGUCAGCAGGGCCUUGCAGCUGAGGCCGGGGAGGGAGCUGGCUGCUCGCAUCCUUUAAGCUGUGGCACCCAGGAGGGACAGGGAACCAAAUCUGGAAGACACUGGGCUUUCCUGUCCUGGCACAAAUUUUGAUGCUGAACAAGAAUAUAUUUUCAUCUGAAGCUGUUAGGAGCUGCUAGGAGAAAGCGGCUGUGGAUCACUAAGCUGAGGUAUUUUUCACAAGUCAGGUGUGAAGGAGGAGCAGACAGACUUUCAGGGGCUUUUUCAGAGAGGGACAGGUAGGGGAGGCUUCUUUACAGCCAGGAAAACAGCCAAGCUCUGGGGUGGCUCUGUAGGAAGGGAGGGGUUCCUGAGCCCUGAUUGACAGGCGCCCCCUUCAUUCAUCCACACACGUAUGCACUUGUCCGUUCACAGACACUGAGCGCCUCCUGUGCCCAGUCACUCUGUCCCACCCCCUCCCAACACCUUCCCCUUCAUCACCUGGUUGGGCUUCCAUUUCUGUAUCUACUCCAGUUUUAGUUACCACGGAUCAUAAUAAAGACCACUGGCCUUGACGUCAAGGGCUCAGGCCUCCCAUCACUUCUCGGGUCUCUGUCCCGAACAUGCCUGCGGCCGAGGCCGGUGCCGAUGCAGCGGUGGUGGCAGCUUACGUGUCCUUUGCUGCGGUUGCCCGCCCUAGCUGGGAGGCACAUGGCCCAGAAAGGCUGAAGUGGCCAGUGGGCUGGUGGGGCACCCAGAGGGUGUGCCUGACUGCCCUGCCGGGCUGCCGCUUCACCUGUACAGGUGUGCAACAAAGAAGGGGGGAUCGAGAUGCCACUCCCAUUUCCUGGGGUUUAGGGGGUGUGACAACGUGUUUUAAGGGUCAGCUGUUAGGCCCAGCAUCCCAAGGAAGGGCCCAAGCCACUCCUGUUGCCCCCUCAGCCUUCCAGCGCCAUCUGCUGCAGGUGGUUAGAAACCCAAAGGAUAAGGAGGCUGGAGGACUGGUGUGCUCCUCGGGGCAUGGAGGAGUCUGUGACCCAUGGAGGGAGAUGCCCUGAGUCUCCACCAUCGAGGAACCCAGCUGCCAGCAGCUCAGUGACUCUCAAAGCCCCUUCCUCAUCCAAGAAGCCCUCAUGGCACAGUGGUUAAAGCUCAUGGCUGCUAACCAACAGGUCAGCAGCUCGAACCCACCAGCUGCUCUGUGGGAGAAAGAUGUGGCAGUCUGCUUCCAUAAAGAUUUAGAGCCUUCGAAAUCCUAUGGGGGCAGUUCUACUCUGUCCUGUAGGAUCGCUAUGAGUCAGAAUCAAUGGCAGUGGGUGGGUUUCUUCCUUGUCCAGGCUGGUGGGUGGCAGGUGAUGGGUGGGGGCAAGUCUCGGCCCCCAGGCAGGACACGGUUCCUAGGGGAGGGGUCAGACCUAGCCAGGCUGCGACAGGGUCGUAAAUGUACUCUACCAAAAAUUCCAACUCAUAGUGACCCUAUAGUACAGAGUAGAACCGCCCCAUAGGGAUUCCAAGGAGCGAAUGGUGAAUUUAAACUACUGACCAAAAGGCAUUUUGUUGUUGUUAGGUGCCAUCAAGUUGGUUCUGACUUAGAGCGACCCUAUGUACCACAGAACGAAACACUGCCCGGUCCUGCAUCAUGCUCACAAUCGUUAUGCUGGAGGCUGUUGUUGCAGCCACUGUGUCAUCCAUCUCGUUAAGGGUCUUCCUCUUUUCUGCUGACCGUGUACUUUACCAAGCAUGAUGUCCUUCUCCAGGGACUGAUCCCUUCUGACAACAUGUCCAAAGUAUGUAAGACGCAGUCUCGCCGUCCUUGCUUCUAAGGAGUAUUCUGGUUGUGCUUCUUCCAAGACAGGUUUGUUCGUUCUUUGGCAGUCCGCGGUAUAUUCAACAUUCUCCAGCACCACAAUUCAAAGGCAUCAAUUCUUCUUGGGUCCUCCUUAUUCACUGUACAGCUUUCGCAUGCAUAUGAUGUGACUGAAAAUACCAUGGCUUGGGUCAGGCGCACCUUAGUCUUCAACGUAACAUCUUUGCUUUUCAACACUCUGAAGAGGUCCUUUGUAGCAGAUUUGCCCAGUGCAAUGCAUCUUUUGAUUUCUUGACUGCUGCUUCCAAGGGUGUUUGUGGAUCCAAAUAAAAUGAAAUCCUUGACAACUUCAGUCUUUUCUCCGUUUAUCAUGAUGUUGCUUAUUGGUCCAGUUGUGAGGAUUUUUGUUUUCUUUAUGUUGAGAUGUAAUCCAUACUGAAGGCUGUGGUCUUUGAUCUUCAUUAGUAAGUGCUUCAAGUCCUCUUCAGUUUCAGCAAGGAAGGUUGUGUCAUGUGCAUAUCGAAGGUUGUUAUUGAGUCUUCCUCCAAUCGUGACGUCACGCUCUUCAUGUAGUCCAGCUUCGUGGAUUAUUUGCUCAGCAUACAGGUUGAAUAGGUAUGGUGAAAGGAUACAACCCUGAUGGAUACCUUUCCUGACUUUAAAACACUCCGUAUCCCCUUGUUCUGUCCAAACAACUAACUGCCUCUUGAUCUAUGUAUAGGUUCCUCAUGAGCACAAUUAAGUGUUAUGGAAUUCCCAUUCUUUGCAACGUUACCCAUAAUUUGUUAUGAUUCACACAGUUGAAUGCCUUUGUAUAGUCAGUAAAAAACAGGUAAACAUCCUUCUGGUAUUCUCUGCUUUCAGCCAGGAUCCAUCUGACAUCAGCAAUGAUAUCCCUGGUUUCACAUCCUCUUCUGAAUCCGGCCUAAAUUUCUGGCAGUUCCCUGUUGAUACACUGUCACAGGUGCUUUUGAAUGAUCUUCACUUUACCUGGGGUUAAUGCAACCCCCCUGCUCCACCUCUCUCCAUGGUCCAGCCCAUUUUGAUGAGCUUUGUCCUCUCCCAAAUAGAAUGCACUUCUGAUCCACAUUCCUUUUCUUUGAGCCAGGUGACAGCGUCAAACAAGUUAUUUAACUGUUCUGUGCCAGGCAUAUAAUUUGUGAUAUAACCGUGAACAAACAGACCAAAUACCUUUCCAUUGUUCUAGCGGGGGAGACCAAUAAUCAACAAUGAACUUAACACUCCAGGGGUUCUUCCCCUCUCCUUUGUUUAGGUUUAAUUUUUUAAACUUUUUAUAGCUUCUUGAAAAGUAUACUUACAUCAUCAGCACUUUUCCC